AUGGGAUUACGAUUCCGACCCCCGAAGCCGACUCAACGGGUGUUGCCCGUUAAACCUGCCGAUGGCCACUUCUUCUUCGCUCACCAGGAGUUCAAGCGCGUUCCCUGGUGGAAAAGAAAGAACAUGCGAACCCUAUAUAUCUACAUCGUCAUCCUUAUUAUGACCAACACUGCGAACGGAUUCGACGGCUCCAUGAUGAACGGUCUUCAGACUCUCAGCUACUGGCAGGAAUACUUCGAUCAUCCACACGGUGCCCUCCUCGGUCUUUUCAAUGCGUCCAUGAGUCUUGGCUCACUGAUCGGUUUGUUCAUCGUGCCUUAUAUGAUCGAUGCCUUCGGCCGUAGGCUGGGAUGUUUCGUUGGAUGCUUGAUCAUGCUGCUUGCCGUGGGCCUGCAGUCCGGCGCGACUGGUUUUGGCAUGUUCAUCGCUGCCCGUCUGCUCAUUGGAUUUGGUGACUGUAUCGUUCUCGGGAGUGCACCCCUCUUGAUCGCUGAGAUAGCACAUCCCCAAGAUCGUGCUGUCCUCGUCACGCUAAGUGGUGCUUCUUAUCACUCUGGUGCGUUCAUCGCUAGCUGGGUGACCUUGGGAACUUUGAAGAUUCAGAGCGAUUGGUCCUGGAGACUCCCAAGCCUGCUGCAGGCAAUUUGCACAGUCAUUAUUGUAUCUGGUAUUUGGCUGAUGCCAGAGAGCCCUCGUUGGCUAAUGAGCAAGGGUCGAUAUGACGAGGCUAUGAAGGUUCUUGUCAAAUACCACGGCGAGGGAGACGAGAACGACGAAUUCGUGCAUCUGGAGUUCGCCGAAAUCAAGGCUGCCAUCAAUCUUGACAUGGAGAUUAACCAAACUGGUUGGGCUGAUUUCUUCAAAACUAAAGGAAACCGGAAGAGAAUUGGUCUGAUCACAGCCCUGGGUCUCUUCAGUCAGUGGAGUGGCAAUGGUUUGAUCUCCUACUAUCUCAAGCAGGUCAUGGACAGCGUUGGUAUCACGAAAGCUUCCACCCAGCUCGGAAUCAAUGCGGGUAUCAAGAGUGAAGCCCUGAUUAUGAACUUCCUCCUCGCAUUCUUCAUUGAUAAACUGGGAAGACGUCCUAUCUACAUGGUUUCAACAGUUGGCACGUUCGUGGUCUUCAACGCCUGGACCAUCGUUUCGGCUCGGUAUGAGAUUGCGCCAAAUAGUGCCUUGGGAUAUAUCUUUGUGGUCCUGACUGUCUUAUACGGUUUCUUCUACGAUAUCAAAUCUGGUCUGAUGGCUACCUACUCAACUGAGAUUCUCCCCUACGGUCUUCGUGCCAAGGGUUUCACUUGGUUGAACUUCUGUGUCACUGCGGCACUGUUCUUUAACCAGUACAUCAAUGCCAUUGCCCUCGAUGCAAUUGCUUGGAAAUAUUACAUUGUAUACUGCGUUUUCCUGGCAAUGGAGGUGUGGGUCAUCUACAGCUUCCUCAUCGAAACACGUUACACUCCUAUGGAGGAAAUUGCGAAGUACUUCGAUGGUGAUGAUGCAGUUGAUCUUGGUGAAAUGGCUGUCGCGGAUAUGAAGGAGCAGGCAAGGGAUGCAGGGGGCAAGUCAGCUGUCAUCCAUGUUGAAGUGAAGGAGUAG